AUGGCGGAGCCGAGUGGCGCAGGGUCUGGAGGAGCAGAGCUGGCCUCGCUGCCCCCCCAACGACACCCAACGAUCGCCCUCAUCGUGGGGCAGCUCAAGAGCCGCGGCCCCUUCGACGCCUUCCGCAGUCACUGCGGGGCCGACGUCGAUACGAAACCAGCCUACAAGAAUUUGAGGCAGAAAGUGGACAACUUUGUGUCUACUCACCUGGAUAAGCAGGAAUGGAAUCCAGCAAUGAACAAAAACCAGCUGCAGAAUUGCCUGAGGCAGAGUGUGAUUCAGUCGGGGAUGCUGGAAGCUGGAGUGGACAGAAUUAUUUCUCAGGUGGUGGAUCCAAAACUAAACCACAUCUUCAGGCCGCAGAUAGAGAAGGCAAUUCAUGAGUUCCUGGCCACACAGAAGAAAGAGGAGUAGGUUCCAGCUCCUCCCCCAGAGCCUGGGAGUCAGGAUCUUUCUGCUCCAUCACAAGAUGCCUCGUAA